AUGACGCCCCCAGUCACCGAAAUCGCGCUCCUACGCUUGAAAUCUAAUCCUGCCUCCGCAUCAUUCAAGGCACUCCUCCUCGACGGCAUCAAAGCGCAAGCCGAGUUCUCCUCAUACCCGGUUUAUCUCUUCUCCCAGGUCGAGGAUCCCUCAGUCAUCUACCUCGUCGGGGGAUGGGACUCGGCGCAACAGCACUACGAGGAUUGGAUUCCCUCGGCGACAAAUCAGGGGAUCAUGGAACGGCUCUCGGGUGAGAUGGAGGUGAUGGGGUUGUUACAUGUAGAUGGUGACACGGUGCGGCAGCGGGAGUUACUGGCCGAAGCACCUGUUGUUGCUGUGGGGCGGUAUGUUGUGAGCGCUGAGAAGAGAGAAGGGUUUGACCGGGUAUUUGAGGGGAUGCAGCAUCGUCUAGAGAACGCUACGAUGCCGUUGCCUAUCUUCAAGGGUUGGCGAGUUGAGAAGGAGGAGGGAAAGGAGGAGUUUGUGCUAUUCAGUGGGUGGAUGGAAAUGCAGCAGCAUCUCGACUUUGCCCAGUCAGAGGGGUUCCAGGAGUAUUCGAAGAUCAAAGAGUAUACGGACUCCUCGGAGGUCAAGCAUAUUGUUCGCUGGAAGGUUGAGUGA